UUUAAAGUUGGCACACUGGACGCUUAUGCAAUAGCCAAGGUGUUUGUCAAGCUGUAAACAAAGCCUAGAUCAAACUGUGGAGUGGAGUCCGUUGAGUCUAAUUGGCUUUUAUUUAUCUUCUGUAAUAACCCUUUUGCAACGUUCAUAAGCAUUAGCCAAAACACAGGUACUCGGUUGUGCUGGAUUGGUUUAGGAAAAUCUCAUGUUUUCUCUCGGUAUUUUCUGUCCUGGGUUGUAAUUGUUGUCAUGUCAUGUUUUUGUACCGCUUGAGCUUGAGAAAGCCGCUUUAUUUUGCACUUUACACCUUAGUUUUUCAUAGAUAAUGCAUACAAAACUGUCAGUCAUGUUAUAUGAAUGGAAACAUGCAAAACGAAGAAUAACUAUUUAAGAUUCUGCACUAUUUCUUGGUCAUUAAUCAAGUAAGAAAGUUGUGCUGUUGAUCAGGCUAAAGGCCCAAAUAUGACUAUGAAAAUUGGUGCAAACAAGAUUUUCGACAGACGCAGUUUGCUUUGUUUAUUGUAUUGUUAGUUACUCAUCUCUCUCCGCUUCUGAUGGCUGGCUUUUCAUUCAGAAAUGUUUAUUCAACAUUUCCUUUCGCACUUAGUGUGAAAGCGCCUUAAAGUUCACCCAAAAAUUAAAAUUAAACUUCAUCCUCAUGUUGUUCCAAACCCAGUUUAGCACACAAACAGCUUAAAGUCAGCAGACGUAUCCGCUGUAGUGAUGAGUUAUACAUGACCAAUUCUGUGAUCUGCUAACUGGAGAUUUAAUUAGUGAAUCAUUGGGGUUUAGCGUAUGUGUAUCCGGAUGUUACUUAUAGUAAAUGCAACAACGUGUGUGUAGGAUAAGUACACCGUAUCAAACUUCAGCACAAUUACAUCAUCGCUAAAGACACCUAAUGUAGAGUGGCUGCAGUAUUUAUAAGUGUGAUAGUACAGUACAAUAGAGGUAAAUAUGUAGUGGUGUAGUUGCAGAUUUGGGAUACAGCCGGACAGGAGCGGUUUCGCACGAUCACACAGAGUUACUACCGCAGCGCCAACGGAGCCAUCAUCACUUACGACAUCACGAAGAGAGCCUCCUUCAUGUCUGUGCCCAGGUGGAUGGAGGACGUGAAGAAAUACGGAGGGUCCAACAUCGUCCCGCUGUUAAUCGGUAAUAAAUCAGACCUGCUGGACUUGCGUGAAGUUCCGGUUGAGGAUGCACAGAGCAUGGCUCAGCAGCUGGAUUGUGUUGGCGCCAUCGAGACUUCAGCCAAGGACUCCAGCAAUGUGGAAGAGGCGUUCAACCAGAUGACCAGUGAGCUCAUCCUGAGACACGGCGGGCCCAUGUUCACUGAGACCGUGAGCGACGGCUUUAAACUCAACAGCAAGGAUGUGAGCAGUGAGGGCUGGGGAUGUGAGUGUUGAUGAGCGAUAAAAAGCUCGCUCAGCUGCUGUAUAGAUUGAGUGCUGUCAGGAGGAGACCUUACUAGGAGUAAAAGACUCUCAAAACAGUCAGACGUACCUGUGAAGACAUUGGGCAUGAUUGCCAAGAACAAAAUUGUCACACAUUUAAAAAAAAAUCAUAAGCAGACAAAAUUAUUUUCUAAAAAUCUAGGCUUGAAAGGACAAAUAAGACGUUGUGUUAAACCGUAAGAAGUUUCCAGUUCUGUCUGUCCACACUGAACGCAAAACUACUGUGCGUCGUGACUAGGGACGGGCGAUAUGGGCUUUAAAAUAUAUCACGAUCAUUUCUGAUAUUUUUGCGAUAACGAUAUCAGUGACG